AAAGCAUUGCACUAUACAUAAACGUAAAUCAAAAGUGGUUUUAAAGUAAAAAAAGAGUACUACAGGCCAAAGUAAUUUUUAAAAGAGCUUGUUUAAAAGAAAAGGAAAAAAGAAAUAUUUUACAGCUUUUCAAGUAUACGAAUGAGUAGAAAUUCUGCUAAUCUUGUUGAAAUACCGGCUUUAGUCAUAGAUCCUGGAACAUGUUGGACACGCUUUGGGUUCGCGGGUGAAGAAUCACCAGAUGUUACACUCCCGUCAAAUUACGGUGUUUUGCAAGACAGCAAUGAGGAAAAAAAUUAUAUAAUAGAUGAAUUGCAGAUUCAUGCGCCCAUUCCUGGUAUGGAGAUUGCCAACGGUACAAAUGAUGGGAUAAUUCAAGAUUGGGAGUCUACGUUACAAAUAUGGAAGAGGGGACUGAAAGACAAACUGAAAGUCGAUCCAGCCGAAUAUGCAAUGAUGAUUACAGAACCGAGCUGGAACACACAAGCUGUUCGUCAACAGACAAUGGAAGCAGUAUUUGAACAGCUUCAGGCACCCGCAUUCUAUUUGACGAAACAAGCUGUUUGCGCUGCGUUUGCAAGCAAUAAAGCGACAGCUUUAGUAGUUGACCUCGGCACUGAGAAUACAACCGUUACUCCUGUUGUUGAUGGCAUUGCUGUGCGAAAAGGUAUAAUGAAACAACGUAUUGCUGGAAAAUUUUUUAAUGCAAACGUCAAAAGUAUGUUUUCUAAAAUGAAUAUAAAUGUCGUGCCACACUACCGGGUAGCCAGGAAAUCAGUUGUUAUUGAGUCUUCAGGUCCCGGUAAUCCAGAAGAGGUGAGGCCAACAGUUUUCUAUGAUCCAAUUAAUGGUUUAAAAGAUUCGUAUGAAGAAUUUGAAAAACAGAGGAUAAUUGAAGAAUGGAAGGAAAGCGUUCUAGAGACAUUAGAUACCCCAUUUGAUGAAUUAAAAGCGUCUACAAAAAAUCCCAAGCAUUUUGAGUUCCCAGAUGGUUCAAAUUACCAGUUCGGCAUCGAUCGAUUUCGUGUUGGUGAAGUACUGUUCAGUCCUACCUUCGCUGCUAAUGAUUCUCCUGAAAGCACCCUUCCGGAAAAGGCUGUCGGGCUUCACAGCUUGGUGUAUCAAAGCAUUGUUGCAUGCGAAAGCGAGUUAAGGUCUCAGUUGUUUAAUAACAUUGUACUAACGGGUGGCACUUCUCUCAUUCCUGGUCUUGCUGAGAGACUACAAAAUGAGCUCCAAAGAUUAGCACCAGGAAAUCGAAUCCAUGUACACACCAGCGGAGAUUCUACUUAUCGAAGUAAUGCUUCAUGGCUGGGUGGGUCUAUCUUGGCAAGUCUCGACAACUUUCAGCAUUUAUGGGUUACAAAACAAGAGUAUGAUGAAGUGGGAGUAGACAGAGCUUUAUUUGUGGAAAAGAGAUGCAAGUAAGGGUAAUAAAAUGCUGCAAAACAAAAAAAGACUUUAUCUUUCAUUUUCUAUAACACUGACAUUCUUUCGAUUGUUGAUUUACGAUAUAGAUAGAUCUUGAAGGUACUAGUAUCUUUAUCCUUUUUGUAGUUUCUCGUUUCGGUAUCUUACCGUUUAAGAAAAAUACUAAGCAAAGCAUUGGAAAUAAUAAAACCUACAAAGUAUGGGUUAUAAGGUGGAGUAAUACAAGGAUAGAAGUGCAACGAACGAAAAGGCAAAAGAUUCGUUACUUUUUUCUUGUCUGAGAUUCCAAAAGGGCAUAAAUUGUCAUAAGAGCAGUUUGGUUCGAUUCAGAAGUUCCCGUAACAGUUAGCAAAGUCACAUUUGAUUGAGAAUUACCUUGCUCAAUAUCAAUAUGGACAUUAGUUGACUGAGAAAUUUCUUGGAGUUUUGUAGGCUGAUAAUAAUUAGCUUGCGAAAUCAAAAGUUGACAGGUACAUACCACUUGAGAAAGAACAGCUUCAAGAACGUUAGAUGGCACAGAUAACUUUUGUGUUAUGAUUUGAUUAGAGGACGCAUUUAACGGAAUAGAAGGUCCCGAAUAUGGAUAGUAUUGAGUCGCUCGCAAAGGAUCUGAGUUGCCCCCGGCUGUAGUGAGAGCAAUCGGAGUGACACCAUACGGGUUUUCAGGUGUAACCAUAGUGCUAUUGGGAUGUAAUAUACCAAACAAAGACGGUGACCCAUAAACACCGUAAGCAGCAUCUGGGAUAUAAGGAACGACAUUUAUACCUGAAAUGAUACGACUUCUUGACAAAAGGGCAUUUAGGAAAGUUUCUAAUACUUUGGACGAUUCUUGUACAGGUGUCUCAAGGAUUACAGAGCGUUCCAUUGACCGCGGCAAAAGAGAACUACUUAAAAGUAAACGCGAAGAAGAAGAUACGGAAUGAAGCUGAGGUAUUAAAUGCUGGUUCAUCCAAGUUUUUGAGCCAAGUAACACAUUUGAAAAAGCGAAACUGAAUAUCAAAAUUGAAUCAUUUUCAUUUGAGGAUCUAAUAGCUUGAGCGAUAGCCGGUAAUGCUUGCGAAAUAUUCGUCAGGUUAGAAUGACAAAUUAGGACCUUUCUAGAGCUAUUCGAAGAAAUCAACGUUUCCGCACGGAUCUGACCAUCUCGCAAUAUAUCUUUUUGUUCCUCUUCUCCCAAGUUCAUCCAUAAUUCAUAUUGUUGAGCACUUAGAAGCAAUUUCACUGUUACAGAGUUCGCGUCCGUUCCAAAUGCUUGCUGCAGGUUUAACACAUGAGGAUGUAAAAUAUCUACAGGUACUGUAGAAACAUAUUUUGACCCAGAUUCCAUAACAAAUACACCGAAAGAAUUUCACGUUUUUCUUUGCCAAAAGCAAAUUGUUUUUCAGUACCUUCCUAGUUUCAGAAACAAAUAGCACAGCGCGCUCUAUUGCGUUAUGAUGAUUUCCAAUAUGGACCUAUCAUCUGUUCAAAAGCGAUUCAGACAGUGGUUAUAUACUCAUAUAGUUUAUUUAAUUAUCCGAAUAGAAUCAGACAAAGCUUUUUGCAACGGAUAUGGAUAUGUUGCAUAGAAAGCAGUCGGCUCUUACGGUAAGUAGCCAAUAUAUGCGUAAGAUGUUCUAUUAAUCAUUAAGAAUGAAUAUAUUUCUAUGAAAACUAGAGGGACAUGUGGGAAUUGGAAAGCUGGUGCUUUUUAAAAGGAAAGCAAAAAGGAAAGAAGUCAUUCUCAUUACAUAGAAAGGUAGAAAGAUAGCGAGCACG